AUGGCCACCCAUUGCGGCCACCUCUACUGCCUCGACUGUGCGACCUACAACUUUGCCACUGCCAACGCGAGCUGUGCUAUCUGCCGUAGACCACAAACUCUCGACGACCUCAUCAAGCUCUAUCCGGACUACGAGCGCGAGCCUGCACGCCCACCUUCCCCUUUGGCGGACGCACGCAUCGCCGACAUCGGGACGUCCGUCCUGGAUGCGUGCUAUGAAGUACUGCAGAGUGACGACGAAUUUGACGACGAGACGCUCGGGUCCGCUCUCUCCAAGACAGACGACCUCCUUGAGGCGUUAUCCAACUGCGAGACCUGCCCUUCCAGCACACGACGCCUGCUAGCAGCCAUCGUAUCUGUCCUCUCGGAGAUCCGUGCGAAGCUAUCAGAAACAACAUCGCGGAUACCCGAGUUGCAACGUGACCGCGACAGACUGCUCGAGAUCGCGCGCACGCUCAAGGACAAGUUGAAGCUCUGCAUUCGAGAUCGGCAAGCGGAACGAGCAAGCGCGAAUGAGCAGCUGCAAGACCUCCGAACCGAAUGGUCUGAUCGAGUAUCAGCACUGCAAGACCGACUGCAAGAAUUGUCUGCAUUGCUCGCUGCGGAACGCGCUAAGGCGGAGGCGAGCACAACGUCAUGCGAGAAACUAGAGGCAGAGAAGAAACAGUGGCGGUUAUACGCGAAUAGGUAUAAGAAGAAGUAUUACGCUCUAAGAAAGGAGCACGAGGCCGUCCGUAGCGGCAUAGAUGAUGUCUUCUUCCCUGACGAUUCACUGGAGGUUAUUUGA